GGAAAACAGUACCAUUAAAACUUUCAGGCAAUUUACUACUGAUAUCGUCACUUAACUUGCCUCAGACUAUCUCUUAUACAUGCUAUCGGACCUCGGAAAAUGAAGAAUAUUAAUUCACGUCGAGAUCUCGAGUCACCAUUUUUAAAUGUAAACAAACUGUACCACUUCACUUUACGGGGCUGAUGAUGGUGUUUAAAAGAAUAUCAGAGGAAUAGGCGACACCAGUUGAUGAUGGAACCAGAGUCAUUGGCCACUUGUUUGUCACAAUGAGCUCACAUCAUACGGUCCUGCACCAUGAGCAUUCUCUACCCCCCAAAGUCGAGGGAACACCCACCCCGCUGUGGGUCAAGAUUGUGAGUGCCGGGGCAGGGGCUUGUAUUGCAGAGAUCUUCACUUUUCCCCUGGACACCACUAAAGUUAGACUACAGGUCCAAAACAAUGAGGAGGGUCGCCCCAAAUACAGGGGAGUGUUUAGGACCCUUAGGAUAAUGUUUCAGGAGGAGGGGGCGAGAGGUUUGUACACAGGUCUGACCCCGGCCAUUCAUCGACAGCUUGGGUUUGCCACUGUCAAGCUCGGAUGUUAUGACAGCACAAAACGUUUCUACACAGAGAUAAGGUACAGAGGUGAAGAGGAACCAACCUACUGUCCUGUGUGUAUACGGAUAUUCGCAGGAGUUACAACAGGAGCUCUGUCCGUCAGUCUGGCACAGCCAACGGAUGUUGUCAAAGUCCGCAUGCAGGCUCAGUUUGGGGCAAACAAGGGGAGAUACUCUGGCACUAUGGACGCAUACCAAACCAUCUAUAAAACUGAGGGAAUGAAAGGACUAUGGCGAGGUUGUAUACCCAAUAUGGCAAGGAAUGGUAUUGUAAAUGUUUCGGAGGUCGUGACCUAUGACAUCAUUAAAGAAAUGAUCAUCAGGAAGAGGCUUCUAGAGGAUGGUGUGCUUUGUCACCUUGCGUCAGCCAUUGUUGCGGGAUUCUGUGGAACGAUUGUAUCAUCGCCUGUGGAUGUGGUUAAAACUCGCUACAUGAAUUCCUCUAAUUCUCAGUAUGGAAACAUUCUACAGUGCACUGUUUCAUUGUGGAAAAAGCAUGGCUUUCUUGGGUUUUACAAAGGGUUCUUCCCCUCUCUGAUGCGGCUUGGGUCCUGGAAUAUCCUGACUUUCAUGAGCUACGAGCAAAUUAAACUCCUAGUGCACCCUGAUGCUCCCAAGUACCAUGUAAGAUAGAGCAAACAACCUCAGUCUACAGAUAUUAACUGUAGCUUUAUGAGCACAUGAUGUCUCAGGUCUUGGAUGCCAGGCAAAUGGUAACAUGGAGUUGUAGAGUGAAGUGGAAAUUAGUUACCAUGUCUACAAACGGAAGGAACUGUUUUGAGUUCUAGUCCACAAGAUAAUUCAUAUUUGUAUUUAAUGUUGCAAUGCCAAAGUCAUAUUCUAUUCAUAUUCUAUUAAGCUUGUGUGAUUUUGAUGACUGCAUAUUAUCACUAUGUGAUUUAUCAGUUUAAUGGAACUAAAAUGUAGAUGUUCUGAAUCUGCUACCACUUGCACAUUCAGAACAUCAUAUUUAUUUAUUUAGAUAUUUUGAUAUCAUUUAUAAUGAGCUCGGUUAUAGCAAAUUUAAGGAUAUAGGGAAUUGAUUUUGAGUCCUGAAGAGGUGAAAAUUGACAUCUUCUACAUUGCAAAUCCAUUGGUUUCUAGGACUAAGGUUUAUUAAAUUUUCUAGUACCUCAUUUUCACAUUACAGUGUAAUAUCAGAUAUGUAUUUGAUAUAUAGAUUUAAUUUUAUCAGUCUGUUUUCUUUGUUGAGAUUGUAGAUAAAUUACAAGGGGCCCUUGGGCCUUAACAGUAACCUGUGUUUCUUGAAAAGCCAAUUUUUUCUCUCUCUCCAGAACUAGGGGUCAAUCUUUUUACAUUAUUAAAGUAUAGUUUAAGAUUGAUUUGUUGAUAUUUUUUUAAAUGUUAUGUAAUUUUAGACUGUUAAGAACAGAAAGGACAGCUUAUCCUCAAACAUGACAAUAGACGGUACAACCUGAAACAAUUGAUAUUAAUGCAUAGCUCAGAAUA